GGAAAAAGAGAGAAAAGAAAGUAAGGGAGAGAAGAAAAAUGUAUGCAAUCCUCGACACCAUUGAAGUAUAAGCUUGUCUUCCCAAUGCGCGCGGUGUGUGUGCAUGGAUGCAUGCAUGAAUGUAUGUAUGUAUGUCCUGGUUGUUGAGGAAUCCCAUGUGUCACCUGCCUUUGUUCAUUGGUUCGUUUUGUUUUUUUGGUUUUGUUUUUACCUUCCGGUUCCUCAUUUCCAAUCUGAUUCUGUUUCUUUCUUUUUGUUUUUUUUUUUUCUGUACUGAUGUGGGGUUUCCGAAAUCUUCUCAAAAAUUCGUCGCUGGCGAGGCCGUUAGAUGCUUUUCAUUCAUCGGUCAACAGUAUGCAGGGAUAUGGCAUGCAGAAUCCAAGGACGCCGGUUGUGCACCAAUUACAGGGGGACCGAAUUGUAAAUGGAAGUGGUGAUAGCAAAUAAGGAAAGGGGAGGAUGAAGCAAUAGAAAUGCAGUAUUAAUCGCAUCGUUUGUCGAUAGUUGUACGUAGGCUUGGACAAUGAUUGGAUGACGGGUGUAUAUGUCAGUGUUAUGAAAAGACGAGCUGAAUAUCUUCACAUAUUAACACGGCUGAGCGGCUAGCAGAUCAUCUCCGCGGGCAACGCUGC